GACGUCAGCAGGAAAUUAACAUCAAGCUGUCCGGACCCGAAGAUUCAGUGUUCCCCAAAGGGCCAGUAAGUUGAGUUUUCUUCCCGCGCAAAAGGAUUCUAAUUUCUAUAAAUCUUGGUUUUCAAGCAUUUCCUUGGAACAACUUACCUCCAGAGGAUUGGCGAAACUUGAUCUGAAGAAUGGCCAUGGCAUCUCAAGGUCAAUGUCUGGGUUCUAGUUCAGAUAAAAACUGUUUAGUGGACUUUCGAGAGAGGCUUCUGACUAUUGAUUCAAACCUGGGGGUCAAGGAUGUGGAGCACCUGAAGUUUCUUUGCCAAGACAUUGUCUCUGUCAAGAAGUUAGAGAAUUCCAGCUCAGCCUCGGAUAUCUUUGAUCAACUCUUAGCACAAGAGCUACUGAGUGAGGAAGACCCGUUCUUCCUUGCGGAACUCCUUUAUAUCAUCCAGCGGAAAUCACUGCUGAAGCACCUCAGCUACACCAAAGAGCAAGUGAUGAAUCUGCUGCCCACCCGAGGGAAGAUCUCUCCGUUUAGAAAACUGCUCUACAAACUGUCACAAGAGAUUGACACAGAGACCUUAAAGGACAUUAUCUUCCUUCUGAGAGACUUGAUUCCCAGAACCCCAAUGAGCUCUCUAAAUUUACUCGACUAUCUAGAGAAACAAAGUAGAAUAAAUGAAGAUGAUCUGACAUUCCUGGAGAACCUCUUUAAAACAGUUGCACCUAAACUUAUAAAAAUGAUAGAGGGGUAUAAAAGAGAGAGAGCUGCCCAGUUAGCGAUGCCUCCUGUUGACGAGGAAACUGAGUCAUUGCAUCAAGGAGAGGAAGAACUGUUUUCCGGAUCUGACACUAAAAAAUUCCAUGAAGCCUUACCGGAGACACCUGAGUACAGGAUGAAUGGGAAAUACAGAGGCCACUGUGUCAUUGUCAACAACCACAAAUUUACCUCCCUAAGCGACAGACCAGGGACUGACAACGAUGCUGUCUGCCUUACAGACGUGUUUCAGUGGCUCGGCUUCACAGUGUACAAGUAUGAUGAUGUGACCAAGGUGCGCAUGGACCAGAUUCUCCAGGAGCAGAAGAGUCAUCCGGACCAUGCUAACGGGGACUGCUUCGUGUUCUGUGUUCUGACCCACGGAAAUGUGGGCACUGUCUACUCUUCAGAUGGGGUCUGCAUUCCCAUUCGGGAGAUCACGUCUCACUUCACAGCCCACCAGUGCCCUGGACUGGCUGAAAAACCUAAGCUCUUUUUCUUCCAGGCCUGCCAAGGUAUAGAGACACAGCACUCUGUAUCCAUUGAAGCAGAUGCCUGGAACCCUGAGAGCACACUUCAGGAUAGCAUUCCUGUUGAGGCAGAUUUCCUACUUGGGCUAGCCACAGUCCCUGGCUACAAGUGCUUCAGGGACGUGGAGAAAGGCAGCUGGUAUAUUCAAUCUCUAUGCAAUUGUCUGAAGAAGUUGGUCCCAAGAAAUCAAGACAUCUUAUCUAUCCUCACUGUUGUCAAUGAUGAUGUGAGCCGACAAGCAGAUGCACGGGGAACAAAGAAGCAGAUGCCCCAGCCUGCUUUCACACUAAGGAAGAAACUAGUAUUCCCGGUUCCACAGGGAACACUUCAGUGCUAGAGUUUUCAUCGGCUCUUCCACUUGAAAGGAACGUGCACCUUUGUCCUGCAGCCUCCCACCUAGCACAAGAAUUGGUGAUGGAUGGUCAGCUGGUCUCCACCUGAUCUUCUAGUGAUAGGAAACAACCUUCUUUCAGACACAAUCAAUUCUGUUUUUUCUUUUCCUUUUGACAAGUCUACAUGUUUCUUUUUUUGUGUGUGUGUGUGUUUUUUGGCCGGGGCUGGGUUUGAACCCGCCACCUCCGGCAUAUGGGACCGGCGCCCUACUCCUUGAGCCACAGGUGCCGCCCCCUUGACAAGUCUUCAUGUUAAAAAACUUUCUUUCCUGAAGACUUGAAUUGUCCCCCUGGUUUUGAGUGCGUACCCUGAUGACAGAAUACUUGGCCUUGGCUUACGUUAUCUGUGAAAAGCAAAGUGGAACCACAUGCAUUUAAGGUUCCCUUGAGCUCAAAGAACCACUAUUUUUAGCCUAGACCAAGCUUAGAUUUCCCCUGUCCAGAGCCCCCCUUUCGCCUCUUGGUUAUAGUUCUGUGUCCCCUCUGCACGGAAUUGUAGAUGGGACAGUGAGGACAUUCUGCUUACCUCCCUCUGCUCUCCCCUUUCCUAAGGCUGCUCUUCUGCAUAUGUAGGAAGUGAAAAUUCGGUCCAUGCCCAGCUCAUUUUCUGUUUUAGUGUAAGCAAAAUGUUCAUGCAUGGGUUGGAGGCAGGUUUGGCUCCAAGAAGAUGGUGGCUCAGUGUGAAGAGAGACACAUUCGGUUGCUCUGGGAGUGGAGAGAGACUUUACAACCUAAUGCCAGAUCGUGUAUUGGUCAGAAUCUUUCUGGAGCUGGUGACAGGACACCAAUUCAAACUCACUAAAGCAGAAAAGGGAAGCUAUUGUCUCUUUCAUGUGGAAACCCAUGCAUGAGUAGCUCAGGCUUCAGUCAAGCUCGACUCAGGAUGAAAUCUCACAGAAGCCCCUGUCUCUAGGUUGGAUGUUCGCGGGACUGGCAGCCGUGUUGUGUGGAUUACAGUCAACAGCCCCCACCUAGUCACUAGGACACUGCUCCUCUGGCCCAGUAGGUGAGGAGAGAGGCUGCCUUAGGGACGAGCUGUUUACAGGGAUCACUGAGCUCUCUUUGGCCAAAAGGAUGUGUAGCUCUGCCUUGAAGGAGUAGCUCUCUGUGGAAGUGUUGAUACUGUUUUUAUAGGUUUUAGAGGGGGGAGGAGUUUGAGACAGGGUUUUAUUCUCACCCACACUGGAGUGCAGUGGUGUCACCAUAGCUCACAGCAAUCUCAGACUCUUGGGCUCACGUGAUCCUCUUGCCUUAGCCUCCCAAGUUGCUGGGACUGGGAGGAGACAAGAUGGCUGGCUGAAGCCAGCUUUCCACAGAGGCUCCUGUUCAGGAGAGUUAAAGGACAAAAAUUCAGCAAGUAACCUGGUGGAUUUGAGCUGCACUAAGAGAGAAGGUUGUAGAACGCACGUCAACCCCGCUGAGGCGAGCUGUGACCACAAGGACACAAACCAAGUUGCUGGGACUACAGUCACAUACCAUCACACCUGGCUUAUUUUUUCUAUUUUUAGUAGAGAGGGAGGCCCUUGCUCAAGCUGGUCUUGAGCUGCUGACCUCAAGUGAUCCUCCUGUGUCAACCUCCCAGGGUGCUAGAGCAACUCACUCACAGUCCUGCAGCUAGUCAUUGUUUACAGGCCACUGAAGUGAACUGGAAGCCACAGGACAUCCUGAAUUUCUCCUGGGAUGUGCAGGUGCGCAUAAAAGAUGUCAAAGAAUGAAGAAAAAUAAGUUUCAUGGCAGCACCCACUGCUCAGUGGGUAGGGCACAGGCCACAUACACUGAGGCUGGGGGUUUGAACCCAGCCCAGGCCAGCUAAAAACCACAACUGCAAUAACAACAAAAAUAGCCGGGCAUUGUGGCAGGCACCUGUAGUCCCAGCUACUCGGGAGGCCGAGGCAAGAGAAUCACUUAAACCCAAGAGUUUGAGGUUGCUGUGAGCUGUGACAUUACAGCGCUCUACGGAGGGAGACAUAGCGAGACUCUGUGUCAAAAAAAAGAAGAUAAACUGUAAAAAAAAUUAAUGACAAAAAAGAAAAAAAACAAGUUUCAGGGCUGCCUGACUAUGUGAAAGCUGAAUUCAUUUAUAAUAAAUUUGCUAUGAGUAUUAUUCGUAGGAACCCUGUUAUAAUACAGCUGGGCACUGCCUGGAUGAGAAUGUAGCUGUACGGAGCAAAUACGGCUAAUACUUGUAUCAGGAUGAUCUUCUGAAACCAUUGUUUAUGCAAGUCAAGGCUGACGACUGGUGGCCACAGUCUUUGUCCAGUUGGAUAUAUAAGCCUUUGGCCCUUGAACCUGCUCUCUGCAGGAAGGGUGACAAGGUAGAAAGGAAGAGGCAAUAGGUCUGAGAGUCAAAGCCUUGGGUUCCCAUUUCACCCCUUGAUUCUCCCAUUCCAUGACACUAAGUCAGGCUAGGUUUUCCAGCCUUUUUUUAUUUUGCAGUUUUUGCCUAGGGCUGGGUUUGAACGCCUCACCUCUGGUAUAUAGGACCAGUGCCCCACUCCUCUGAGCCACAGGUGCCGCCCCCAGCCUUUUAUUCAUAGAGAAAAUGUUAGCUUUGGAAAGAUGAAGGGCAUUGUGUGUACGUGUACCCGUUUAAAUCUAAUCAAGUGCAAGUACGUAGCAGGCCUUUGAUAGAGUCUUUUGUCAGUAACCUCCACCAAAAUAGCUGAGCUUGAGUUCUUUUGUGCCUAAUUCCAGCUGACUUUAUCAGCAGCCACUCAAUGCUAGCAUGAUGUGUGUCCUCUGAGUGAAGGCUGAUUCUUCCCUCGCUGGUUCUUGGAGCAGCAGCAGAAGGCCAGCCUUGGCUCUGAGUUUAGUUGGAGAAAACACUGUUGAUGGAAUUCCCUUCUUCAGAAACAUUUGAAGUUUGAUGGUUAAGUUUUGGGCCUAUAGUCUUGUUUUCAUAUUUUUAUUUUGCUACAACUCUGUGUUUGUGCAAGAAAUUUAUUUUUAGAGGUCUCCAGCAAGCACUUUAGGGCUCCUUGCCCAUUUGCAAUUGUGAAUCGGGGGUAUGUACAGAUACCCAGCAUGCAAUCACCCUCGACAAGGACACAUCACAUUUGUUCACGUAUGUCCUUCAAGAUUAUGGAAAAUACAUUUGUCUGUAUUUUGGUGUUCAUGUGUAUGUGUCUGCAUGAAUUAGAGUCCAGUACUAGGGGUUUGGUCACAAGUCUUUGGAAAUGACUACUGCCAAUGGACACCCAUUUAUGGAGAAAAAGAUUAAAUGAGGUUCCUAUAUACAGGGCUCCUAUAUACAAUUUAAAUAAUUGUAACUAUUUUUUUUUUUCUGUAGAGACAGAGUCUCACUUUAUGGCCCUCGGUAGAGUGCCGUGGCCUCACACAGCUCACAGCAACCUCCAACUCCUGGGCAGCGAUUCUCCUGCCUCAGCCUCCCAAGCAGCUGGGACUACAGGCGCCCGCUACAA